UCUAACCACCUCCAUCGUAGGCUAGUUUGGCUUCUAACCUUGAGAUUGGCCGUGGCCCGUGUGACAGAGAAAGAAAGAGACUCUUCUAUCUCCCUCCAAACCCUACGCCUGGAUCCCUUACGAAGCAAACGGCGAAGUCGUCGCUGUCUCCGAGAAGCCACAUCCUUUGCCGAUGAUCACUGACGUCGAGAUUCUCAAUGAGUUCGCUCAUCACGAGCCUGGAGUGGCUCGAAUCAACAACGGCAGCUUCGGGAGUUGUCCGGCCUCCAUCAUCGCUGCCCAGAAGCAAUGGCAGCUCCUGGUCCUCCGCCAGCCCGAUGAGUUCUACUUCAAUCACCUCCAGCCCGGCCUUCUCAGCUCUCGACGCGUGGUCCAGGCCCUCAUCAAUGCAUCAGACGUCGACGAGGUAUCCCUCGUCGACAACGCCACCACGGCCGCCGCCAUCGUCCUCCAGAAGGUCUCAUGGGCUUUCUCUGAGGGUGUCUACUCCCGCGGAGACGCUGUCAUCAUGCUCCACUACGCCUACAGUGCCGUCAAGAAGUCCAUUCAGGCGUACGUCUCCCGCGCCGGCGGCCACGUUAUCGAGGUUCCCCUUCCUUUCCCAGUAUCCUCUAAUCAUGAGAUCAUCGACGAGUUCAGGAAAGCUUUAUCCCUCGGGAAGUCAGAAGGGCGGCGUGUCCGGCUGGCGGUCAUUGACCACAUCACUUCGAUGCCGAGUGUGGUGAUUCCGGUUAAAGAAUUGACCAAGAUUUGCCGUGAAGAGGGUGUCGAUCAGGUUUUCGUGGACGCUGCCCACGCCAUUGGAAACGUCGAUGUUGACGUCCAGGACAUCGGUGCCGACUUUUACACCAGCAAUCUUCACAAAUGGUACUUCUGCCCGCCGUCUGUCGCGUUUCUUCACUGCCGGAAGUCACCAGUCUCGGAUGACAUGCACCACCCUGUGGUCUCCAGUGAGUAUGGCAAGGGCCUCGCACUUGAGAGUGCCUGGAUUGGUGCUCGCGAUUACAGCUCCCAGCUUGUUGUGCCACAGGUGAUUGAUUUUAUUAAAAGGUUUAAUGGUGGCAUUGAAGGGAUUCAGAGGAGGAAUCAUAAGAAGGUCGUGGAGACGGGGAAGAUGCUUGCGGAGUCAUGGGGAACUUGUCUUGGUUCUCCCCCGGAGAUGAGUUCAAGUAUGGUCAUGGUGGGUUUGCCGUGUUGUCUGAGGAUAUUCAGUGAUGAAGAUGCUCUGAAGUUGCGACGUCAUUUGAGGGACAAUCACAGGAUUGAGGUUCCUAUUUACUGCAAAGCGCCAAGAGAUGUAGAGCUUGGAAGGGAGUGGAGUAAUUUGGUGACAGGAUAUGCAAGAAUUUCUCAUCAGGUUUAUAAUGUGGCAGAUGAUUAUUACAGGUUCAGAGAUGUGAUCAACCGACUUGUUGAUGAUGGCUUUCAUUGUGGGAUGCUUUCGUGAAGUGAAAAGGUGAGUGCUUGUUCUUGCUAUACUUAUUUAAUGAAAAGGUGAUGCUUGUUUAUCUGAACUGCUUUGCUCUGCUUGUACCAUAUAUACUGCUAGUUGGGUUCCUCUUACAAGGAAUCCCUUCACUAAAACAUUUUCUUUCAUUGGAUGCAUGGGACAUUUUCUA